GCCAGAGACCAGAGCAAACGCAGCGAGAGGCAGACAACAAGGCAUCAUCAACAGCAGCAAGGAAGGAAGAGCUCAUCUGUCCUGCUCCGGCGAGGUUUCUACAGCUCCUCUGAUUGAUUCGAUGGCUGCGACGGCUCCUACUCCGGCUCCGGCGGCCAUGACCCUGCCCGCCAUGGCGGCGCAGAAGGUGUCCUCCCCCAAGGCCGGCAGCGACCGGAAGGUCGUCCCGGUCAUGGUCCCCGACGAGGCCGUCCAUGUCCCCGAGAUGCACGUGCUGGCCGUCGACGACAGCGUCGUCGACCGCGCCGUCAUCGCCAAGAUCCUCCGCAGCUCCAAAUACAGAGUGACCACGGUGGACUCGGCGACGCGCGCGCUGGAGCUGCUGGGCCUGGGCCUCAUCACGGACGUCAACAUGAUCAUCACCGACUACUGGAUGCCCGGGAUGACCGGCUACGAGCUGCUCAAGCGCCUCAAGGAGUCCUCGGACCUCCGGGAGAUCCCCGUCGUCAUCAUGUCCUCCGAGAACGUGCCCACCCGCAUCUCCCGCUGCCUCGAGGAGGGCGCCGAGGACUUCCUGCUCAAGCCCGUCCGGCCGUCCGACGUAUCCCGACUCUGCAGCCGCAUGAUCAGAUGAUGAUAUCAUCUAUCCACAAGGAGGAAGAUUAAUUCUUAGGAUCUUUCUUUAUUUUUUGUGUUCUUUUCGUGGACAUAGAUCUGCCCGCUGCUGCCGCAUCACACAUGAUGCUUAACUUUUUGUUGGGGUCCUUCUUCUACUAGGAGAUGAUGAUUAGAUUUUAGGAGGUUAGAAUCGAGGGAUCAAGCAUUUGUUUGUUUGCUCUCUGUGCAAAAGAUUUCGAGAAAAUGAAGAAAAAAAAACAGAGAAUUCAGCCAUAAAAAACAGAGUUCCUCUGAA